UCUCUCUCUCUCUCUCUUUCUUUCUGGAUUUUUUCAUCCAAAUUGGGUGCAAUUAAUUACGCCGCUCCAGCUUUGCUUUCGGAAGUUGCCCUUCUUUCUAUCUCAGAGUCACAACAGCUUGCUGGCGACGGCCAUGGCUCCUCCGCAAGAAGAGAAAUCAAAAACUACAGAGGAGGAGUCCGUCACCAUCCCCAUCACUUCCGCCGCCGAUAACCGCCGCAUCUCGACUAUCGCCAUAAUCAUCGCAAUGCAGGCCGAAGCCAACCCUCUUGUCGACAGGUUCCAGCUCAAGGAGGACCUUGAUUGUGUGUUUGCCAAAGGAGUUCCCUGGGUUCGGUAUCAUGGUACUUACAGAGACCUGAAUAUUAAUAUUAUUUGCCCUGGGAAAGAUGCUGUUUUGGGAGUUGAUAGUGUAGGUACAGUUCCUGCAUCUCUUGUGACCUAUGCUUCCAUCCAAGCGCUGCAGCCAGACCUUAUAAUAAAUGCUGGCACAGCUGGUGGCUUUCAAGCUAAAGGAGCUAAUGUGGGGGAUAUAUUUCUUGCAUCACAUAUUGCCUUCCAUGAUAGAAGGAUACCUAUCCCUGUUUUUGAUCUUUAUGGAGUUGGUUUCCGACAGGCUAUCUCAACACCAAAUCUCUUGAAGACACUUAACGUGAAGAUUGGUAAAUUAUCUACUGGGGACUCUUUAGAUAUAACCCCACAGGAUGAGGCAUCGAUCAUUGCAAAUGAUGCUACAAUUAAAGACAUGGAGGGAGCAGCUGUUGCUUAUGUGGCAGAUCUUUUGAAAGUCCCUGCAAUAUUUGUGAAAGCUGUUACUGAUAUUGUGGAUGGCGAUAAACCGACUACAGAGGAAUUUAUAGAAAAUUUGGCAGCAGUGACUGCUGCACUUGGUGGAGCAGUCACUGAAGUUGUAGAUUUCAUCAGUGGAAAGCACCUCUCAGAACUUUAAUAGUUUGAUGUAAAUCACAUUUGCCACCUAUUCUGUUGACUUGGCGAAUUCAUGUGUAACAGAGGUAUUCGGUGGGCCUUUUUUCUGAAAGUUUAAUUGAAAGUAAAAAAAAAAAAAAAAAAAAACACCAUUUCUGGCAUCUACUAGCUCUUCUAGUAGCAAUGACUUUCCUUGCUGACUGGGAGAAAGAUACAUUGUUCUCAAUUGUGCUUAAUUUACCACCUACAUGUUAGCGAAGGUCCA